AUGCCGAAAGUUACCAUAGAAUAUUGUGUCAAGUGCAAAUGGCAGCUCAGAGCGACGUGGUACCUCCAAGAGGUGUUGCAGACCUUCAGUUCAUCUGAAGUGUUGGUUGACGAGGUCUCACUCAGACCAAGUCUUACACCAGGGACAUUCCGAGUACUUUGCUAUUCUGUACAAGACUCUGAGCCUGCGGUAAUCUGGGAUAGGACUGUGGAUGAUGGGUUUCCCGAUUCAAAAGCAUUGAAGCAGCGAAUCAAGAGUUUGAUCCAGCCGGAUCUGAAUAUCGGACAUAAUGACAAGCCGCUCAAAAACAACGGUGUAUUGAAACAGGAUCAGCAGAAGGAUUCAAAGGAGAACUCCAACCAGGAAACUAACAAGACUGUACAUUGUGAGGAGUGCAAGAGUGCAGAGUGA